AUGACAUACUGCGUUGCGCCUACUUUGACCCAUCACUUCGAGCAGCAGUGCACCAAGGGCCAUGCUGGUCAGUCCGAAGGAGCAAGCGAUGAGAGCUUCGUCAGUAUUGAGCAGCUUCAGGAGAUGCUAGAGUCCUAUCGGAAUGUCAUCACGGACAAAUCCAACCAUGCAACAGAUCUUGAGCACGAGAACAAGAAGUUGAAAGAGCAAUUGAGCUCGGUCAGCGGAGACUCGCGAUGGAAACUAUCCAGCUUUCUCGGCAGGUUUAGUAAUGAGAAAGCUCUUUGCACUCAUGACACUGAGGAAUACGACACCUACAUCAGCGAGCUUGAGGCCAGGCUCGAGAAUGCCGAGCACAAGUGCGUCGAGCUAGAAGUAAUCAUCAAUCAUCAGGCCGCCGAGCUCAGGAAUGCCGAGCAAAAGUUCAUCGAGCAGGAAGCUAUCAUCAAGCAUCAGGCCGCCAAGUUUGCCAGAGAUCUUGAGGAGCAGAAGUUUAAAGAUCCCGUUGGUUACACGAAGGUCUCGGACAACGAGAUCGAAUCCAAAUGGAAGCAGCUGCGAUUUCUGGUUCGACAAUUUGAGGAGAGCCACUUCCCCCAGUCCAUCGAUUGGGAGACUGCCAAUUCGCUAGCCUUCUUGAAGUCAAUUCCUACAGCUACCAAAUACCAGGCAAUGUCGCCGCGUUUUCUAUCCGCUCAUUCGGGCAGCGUAUUUAUGGAACUAUCUUCACCACUACAUCUUUCGCAUCCAGGCCACUUACUGGAAUGGGUCACUUGGUUCGUCUCUUUCCAUCCCACCAUUGACGGCAAGGAGCAGGACGUCCCUUGCCAGAAACCCACACGGGAGAGUUUUCAUGAAUGGCGGUCCCAAACUGUGCGAUUUGCCAACAUGGUCCCACACCGGAACUAUCUCCCUGUUCUUGUGAAACUCAGAGAUGUGGUGGCCCAGGAUACCAAAGAGGAUGCGGUGAAUGCCGCUGUCACCGAGAUCAUCACGCUUGCAGCAGAACUAGACACGAUUUUCCGCACAUCAACGGCAGACUUUACGAUCGUCAUCAGUGAUGCCUGGCCUGAUUCUCUUCUUGACGAAAAUUACAGGUUCGGGUUUCCAUUCGAUCCAGAUAUGAUGGAGCCAACGCGCCGUCUUCGUCCUCCGCCUCACUGUUCGAAGAGAAACGAGUCGAUGAAUGUCGACCUUGUUAUUGCCCCCGGGAUCGUCAAAUGCGGGACUGCGGACGGGAAGCAUUACGACAAAAAGAGGGUUCUCGUUAAGCUUGAGGUGAUAUACGAUAAGCAAACCACGCAGGAUGGGAUUUCUAUUCCGAAGAAGGUGAAGACAUUGGGUUAG